ACUCCAUGUCUGGAGCUGGAGACAUAAGGAGACAAACACCGAGACCCGCUCGAGUCCAGGAGGAACCGUGUGAGCUCAGAUCCACGUCCACUCGAGUCCGGGACCAGAGAAGGGAACCAGACUCGGGACUUUUCUGAGGAGCAGCGCGGUGCCGCCUCGCAGCCAUGAGUUCUCAGGCGGGCUUUGGAAGCAGCAUGCUGUUCCAGACCAUCAAUGAUGACCUGAAUGCAUCGCUGGCCACGGCUGACGAGUUGUCCCAGGAGUUCAGCUCCCUGAUGAGUCAGGCCUCCUCCAGCAACAACAACACAAAGUCGGGGGGCCCUGAGGUCAGCAUCACAGUCACCAGAGAUCGGCCUGAGUCCAACAGCUCCAUCGGCAGCAGCAAUGGCAGCUCCUCGGACUACGUCUUCUCCAGCAAUAAAAAUAAAAACACAACGUCCCCCCCGGUCUUCUCCCACAAUCCUCUCUCGCCCCACAUGGAGUCCAGCUCCUCCGUCUCUCGAUCUGGAACUGACAGCUACUCCUACAAGCCAGCGAGCCGCAGCCCUUCGCCUCACUCCCCGAGGCGUGACUCCCCCGUUCGUUACGACAGGAGCCCGCAGGGGUCAGUCAGUUACGCAGAGAUGAGCCCCCCGCCGAGUCGGGCAGCCGCACCUGUGGACCAGUCCUCCCACCACGGCUCAGGCCGCCCCUCCACUAAGCUGCUCAGCCCCCACAGCCAGAGCGCCCGUCUGCCGCACCGGAGGGACAGGAGCCCGUCUCCUCUGGCCUUCAGGCCAACGUCCAGCACGCUGCCUCGGAAUUUUAAUUAUAGACAAACUGAGGAGGGUGUGCAGCGGCAGAAGAGUCCCAGCCAGUGGAACGAGACAGAUCUCGACAUGUCCUACGAGAAAAAACCUCACCACACCUAUGACAAGACAGAGUGGCUGCGGCCGUCUGUGCCAAACAGCGGCUGGAGAGAGACCAACCUCGAUGGGCCUCCUCCAUCCUCAAGCCCCAAAAAGGAUCCUCGUUCUCCAUCUCAACACUUUCCCCUCAAUUCUCUGCCCCGUAAAACCCGUGUAACAGUAUCUCCAGAUGGGUCGUCCCCAGUCCACUCCCCUUACUUCCCUCAGCCCAUCGCCUCCAGGAUCUCUAUCCCCCCGACCAACACAGAGAAGCGUCAGCGCCGGCCCAUCCCUCUCUCCGUCCUCAUGCGUCUCCAGAACCCGCACUGGGGAGGGCUGGCAACCUGCGGAGGACAAGAGGACCUGACACCUUACAAACCAGCGCCGGUCUUCCCGAGGGAGAUCGUGCGCCAACCUGGGCCUCCACCACCACCUCUGCUGAGGCAGCCGGCCAUGUACAGCGAUGUGCUGAACCCUGGGGAUAUAGACGCGGAGUUAGAGAGGCUGGAUUACAUUCAUCACCUGCCUGCGAUCCAGGAGAAGCCCAUCGUGCCAGGAGUUGAGCAGGGCGAGGUGCAGCCCCCGCGGCCCCUGAGCCCCACCAGGCUGCAGCCAGUGGUGGCGCCCGAGGCCCAGAGCCAGGUGAUGCAUGACACGGCGGCGGUUCUCCUCCUACGGGCGGAAAUCCCCCGGGCGCUGAAGAGACGGGGCUCCGUGGACCAGUCGCAGCCGCUGCAGAGGGCGUCCCAUUAUCAGCCGAACCAGUACAAGAACCUCAUCGACAAACUGUUUCGCAGGAGGGAAUUGCGCCGGAAGGGGGAGCACGUGAGCACCGACACCAGCAGCUCCUCAGAAGGAGAGGAGGCCGCUCAACCUCCUGCACCUUUACCUCAGACCUCCACUGUGAUUCCUACCGACUUCAGUAGCUACCGUUCCAUUUUGCGUCGCUCCAAUCGGGAGCGUAAGAAGAUCGGAAACCGAGCUCGGCUCAGUCCACUGGUCCUGCUGCUGGACGGAGCUCUGGUGGGAGAACUGGAGACGGUGCAGAGAGCAGUGCAGGAGAUGAACGACCCGAGCCAGCCGAACGACGAGGGCAUCACCGCCCUGCACAAUGCAAUCUGUGGAGGCCACUACAACGUGGUGGACUUCCUGGUUCGCAUCGGAGCCAACGUCAGCGCACCGGACAGCCACGGAUGGACGCCACUGCACUGCGCCGCGUCCUGCAACGACCGGCCCCUGUGUGAGUUCCUGGUGAGGAACGGAGCGGCGGUCAUGGCCAUGACGGAGAGCGACGGCGCCAUCGCCUCACAGAAGUGUGAUCCCUAUGCUGUCGGGUUUGACGAGUGUGAGAGCUUCCUGAAGGGUGUGGAGGUGGCCAUGGGGACGGAGAACAGCGGGGUGCUGUACGCUCUGUGGAGCUACCCGGCUCAGGCGGCUGACGAGCUGAGCUUCAGGGACGGGGACAUGGUGACGAUCCUGAAGAAGCCAGAGGGGCCGGGCUGGUGGUGGGCGUCGCUCUGUGGCCGCGAGGGAUUCGUUCCCUACAACUACUUUGGGCUUUUUCCAAAGGUGCGACCAAAGUCUCUGUGCUGAGCGACGUCCUGAUGCCCCCCCCCCCCCUCCUCAUCACGUUAUAGUGCAGAGGACUGCGUGUUACAGCUUCACACUGUUGUCUGAAAGGAUCGUGUGUGUGUGUGUGUGUCUGUGUGUGUGAUGACGAGAAGGCUCCGUCCUGCUGCUGGGAAUAAGAACUGUUUGUGAUCCGUCACCGGAGGAGAGUUGAAGGAGGAAGCGUCAGUGCUCACCUUGUCCUUCCUGACGAGGACACAUCUGAACAGAGGACGUCUCGGUGCUGGCUCUGGAUUUAUUUCUUGCUCUCCUACUCCUUUACAUUACAGAUCACACACACACAGAGUAUUGUCUCUCACUCACACACCGUUCACAUACUUCGCCAUGCACACUGGAAGAGCUGGGUGUCGAACCACCGAGUUCCCAAUAGGUGGACGACCCUCUCUUCCUCCUGAGCCACAGCCGCGUACUUCCCUUGUGUAGUAUGUCCGUGUGGCGUGUGCGUGUUCUUCUCGUGUCUGCACGGGCACAUUUAUCUUAGGAUUAUUAAUGGUAGAUGGGUUGUAUUCAUAUAGAGAUUUUCCAGUCCGAUCAACCAGAGGAACGUCAGAAGAAAUGUUGGGGGUUCAGUAUCUUCCCCAAAGACACUUCGGAAUGUGGCCAGGAGAUGCAGGGGAUCGAACCACCGACCCGGUUAGUGGACGACCCUCUCUGCCUCCUGAAUGGAUGAUAAUGGGUGAAGUUUGAGGAGUUGAACGUGGCUGUAAACUUUAAACUUUAAACCUUAAACCUUUUUAAAUCAGUAGCUUUUGUUUUGCUUCUUCUUCACUUCAGUUCUUCUCACACUACACUGCAGUCUGUUUGCAUUUAAUGCUGCCUAUGAUAUAAAUGGAUUUGAAAGAGAGUGUGUGUUUUUAAUGAUGAUGAAUGAAACUGACUAUUUUGAAGAAGCAGAUUUUUUAGUCUGACCAGUGAAUAAUUCAUGUUGAGGGGACUAAAGUCUCUUGAGUGUGUGCACAUCCAAGUGAAACUCCAGAUGAUGAUUUAUCUGUGGCUCAAAGGGCCUCGGCGGAGUUAUGUGCUCUGCUGAGUGACAGUUUAUAUGUUAUCAGUGUUACACUCAUCGUGUGCACUUGACCUUUAACCCCUCACCAGAUACACGAAGGGACCAAAUCUGACUCGAUACACAAAUGAGUUUUACUUUGCAUAGCAGAAUUAUGCAGCAACUGGAUUUGACGGAGGCAGCACAUGAGGAGGAAGCUUCUUUAUUUUGGUGCCUGGUUUAGAUUAAUGGGUUAAUUCAUGAUUUUCUUUUCUUUUUUAACUUUCCGUAACAUUGUGGAAUGUUGGGGCCUUUUUUUUUUUACAUUUCCACUGGGAGAAUAAUUUAUGGAUCUCGAUGAAAAAUAAUCAACAUGUUUAGAGGACUGAUAUUUACAAGUGUUUAAGUAUAAAUCUAGUGUCUUUAAAUGUGGUUACAGGACUGUUGUGACUUGUAUGAGCUGAGUGACAAUAUGAUUGUGUGUGUUUUUGGAGAUAAAACCGUGAAACGUCCUCUCCUGACCAGCAGAUGACACUGUACAAUCAAAUAUGAAUCCAGCACCAGCACAGAACUUACAUUUUAACACAACCAGCGAUUGUAAACUAAUACACAGUGAAACAUUUA